AUGCGUGACCCAUUUGCUGCUUACGACAGACCGGAAGGCUUUCAUAUAGACGAAAUUCACAUUAUCGGGUGGAUAUUUUAUCUCUCCAAAGUGUAUGAGAUCGUCGACACUGCGAUUAUCCUUGCAAAAGGUCGCCAAACAUCACGACUCCAUGUCUAUCAUCAUGCUGGAAUAAUCAUGUGUGCUUGGGCGGCAGUGAGGUAUCGCUCACCACCUGCGUCGAUCCCUUUGUUUCUCAAUUCAGCUGUCCAUACUCUUAUGUAUUCGUAUUAUACGAUGACAGCCGUUCAUGUCCAUGUUCCAAAGACGGCCAAGGCUGCGAUGACAGGGAUCCAGAUAUCUCAGUUCCUCAUUGCUUACAUGCUGACAAUUCCAUUCCUCUUUAUUCGCUACGAUAUUCCUGUCUCAUUCCGAACAAGCCUCAACGGGGACCGUACCAUCUGCAAUCAACAGCGGCCGUCCAACCUUAGUCAAAAAUCAGUUUUGACAGAAACCGAAUGCGAAUAUGGUUAUGAAACGAUUAGUUGUCUCCAAAACAGCGGAGAGGCAGCUGUCCUAUGGAUGGGAUUUCUUUAUGGGGCGCCUUUGACAUACAUGUUUGUGCAGUUCUUCACAAGGUCAUAUCGCCACCUUGGAAGUAAAAAGUUGCGGAAAGUCGAGUGA